CAUAACCACAGAGGUAGAGAUUUGGCACGGAGGUUUUGAGAGAUAUGAUUGGGUGUGACGUGAAACCCCAGGGGAAAAAAUCUGACAAACAAUACAGAGGCUCAGAGCUGUGAAGACUGCCACCACUUCAUCUUCAUAUAGAAUAUUGACUGAUUGUUGCCAAAACAAAUAGUAUAUAACAAGGAAGCAUUGGGCGUGCCUUUGUGCUCUUUCCUGCACCUGUCCUGCUGACAUUUCACACCAAUGCACACUCAGAAAAGAAAGUCCACCUGAUUUUGGCUUCACAUCUCACAUACAGCUCCAACAGGUCUGUGUUAUUAUAAUGGCUCAUACUACCAUCACCGUGCAGCCAGGGGUGACUGUGCCUCCUGGUGUUAAAAUUAACACAUGGCACACUGGCCUGUGUGACUGCUGCGAGGACAUGAGUGUCUGCUGUUUUGGACUCUGGUGCCCCUGGUGUUUGAUGUGUACUACAAGCCAAGAGUUUGGAGAAUGCCUUUGUCUCCCUCUGCUGGAUAUGUGCUUCGGGACCCUCAUCCCACCUGCCGCUUACUCUGUACGAAGUGCCAUGAGAGAGAGAUACCACAUCCAGGGCACAAUGUGUGAUGACUGUUGCGUGAUGACCUGCUGUCGAAUGUGCGCAUGGUGCCAGAUGGCCAGAGAGCUGAAGUUUCGCAGGCAGCCCCAAGUGUUUGUGAACCCACCGGUGAACGUGACCUUCCAACCACCGCCGAACACAUCCUGCCAGCCGUUGGUGAAUCAGUCCUACCAGCCACCUCCGGUGAAUCCGGGCUACUAGCCUCUGCAGCCUAAUACCCCGCCUGUGUACGCCCAGUCUUCCCUCUGAUCUAACCCUUAGGGCGCGGCACUGUAUAGAGUUGUUUAUGUUACAAAUAUUCUAUAGAAUUCUAUAAUGCCAGUCGAUUUUCUCUAGCAUCUGUUUAUAUAUAUUUUUAUAGUUUUAAGUGUACUUUACUACGCAUAUUUGAGAGAAUCAAUAUAUCCAAUGUUCAACAUCUAGUUUUUAUGUGUUUUUGUUUCGCUUGAAUACUUCAUUAAACUAAUUAUGCCCACUUAUGCCCACUAAUUCAAAAUUUAGCCUUCAUUUAGCCUUCAGCACAAAUGAUAUUAAAAUUUAUUGUCUAGUUUGUUUGUUUUUUUAAUUUACAAAGCCAACUGAUGUUACUGCAGUGAUAUCGUGUCACAGUAAAAGAAACAAUAACAGUUGAAACCUUCAAUAUACUUUAGAUAAAUGGCAGUAAACAGUCAGUAUGUUAGUAAAUGAGCAGGUAAAGGAUGUUAUUUCUCAACAUUCAUACACUCAGUCAUACACAGUCACUGUCUGACAGAUCACCAGAACAAUGUUCGGAAAUAACCUGUAUUCGCUCGGUGUCUGAGUAUGCCUUUGUGCUGUGGUUUUGAAUCGUUGGUCAUUAAAUAUUAUCUUCACUUUAUUGGAUUGCUUUCUCCAGUUAUCUGGGUCUUCCAGGAAUUUUCACAAUAAGGUCAUGUGGCUCGUGUAUGAGCAUCUACAAGUGAGCAGGAAUUCUAUAUGCUUUCAGGAGCCUACACUGAAGUUACAUUCUCAUACAGGUAUGUUAUUGGCUUGUAUAGAUAUUCACAGAACUGCUAGAUCAUACUUUUGUCAGAUUAAAGUUUUUUCUGUGA